CGCCUCCCCGCAGGAUUGGAGGCCCGCGGCCCCGCCUGGGCACCGGGAGGUCGGCGGGAAGCAGUGCGCGGGUCUCAGAUUUCUCUGCUGGCCCCACCCGUGCUGCGUCCCAGUGCCGCGAGGAGCAGCCGUCGGAGCUGGGUGCAGGCCGGGUUCCGCGGUUGGUUCCUUGCUGUUUCAAAACUCCGAGCGAGGACCCGACACCCCCUUCAACUCGCAUAUGCCCAGAGCGCUGGUGGGGAAGCGGGUACGGUUCCCUUUCUCCGGUCCACCAAGAGCUUGAACCGGGCACAGAAGUAAUGCCACCAAGAAGAAACAAGAAAUACAAACUUCCUGUUCCACUUCCAGAAGGCAAGGUUCUGGAUGAUUCGGAAGGAAAUAAGUGGGUUCUAGGCAAGAUGAUUGGUUCUGGAGGAUUUGGAUUGAUAUAUUUAGCUUUCCCCACAAAUAAACCAGAUGAAGAUGCAAGACAUGUAAUAAAAGUGGAGUAUCAAGAAAACGGCCCAUUAUUUUCGGAACUUAAAUUUUACCAAAGAGCUGCAAAAAAAGAAUGUAUCAAAAACUGGAUAAAACUAAAACAACUUGAUUAUUUAGGAAUUCCUGUGUUUUAUGGAUCUGGCCUUACAGAAUUCAAGGGUAAAAGUUACAGAUUUAUGGUAAUGGAAAGACUAGGAACAGAUUUACAGAAGAUCUCUGACCAGAAUGGUACCUUUAAAAAGUCAACUGUCCUUCAGCUAGGUAUUCGAAUGCUGGAUGUGCUGGAAUAUAUACAUGAAAAUGAAUAUGUUCAUGGUGAUAUAAAAGCAGCAAAUCUACUUUUGGGUUACAAAAAUCCAGAACAGGUUUAUCUUGCAGAUUAUGGACUUGCCUACAGAUAUUGUCCCAGUGGGAACCACAAACAGUAUCAGGAAAACCCUAGGAAAGGCCAUAAUGGGACGAUGGAGUUUACUAGCUUGGAUGCCCACAAGGGAGUAGCCCUGUCCAGACGGAGUGACCUUGAAGUCCUCGGCUACUGCCUGCUCCGGUGGCUGUGCGGGAGACUACCCUGGGAAGCGUGCCUGUGGGACCCUGUGGCUGUGCAGACUGCUAAAACAAAUCUGUUGGAUGAGCUCCCCGAGUCAGUGUUUAAAUGGGCUCCUUCCAGAAGCAGUUGCUGUGAAAUAGCCCAGUAUUUGGUAUGUGCUCAUAAUUUAGCCUAUGAUGAAAAGCCAAACUAUCAAAUGCUCAAGAAGAUUCUGAACCCAGGUGGAAUACCUUUAGGACCAUUGGAAUUUUCCGCUGAAGGACUGAGUGUAAAUAUGCAUACUCCAAACAAUCACAAAGUUGAUUUGCAAAAGGGUGCAACAAAGCAAGUCAAUCAGAUGCAAAAUAGUUUCAUAGAAACAAAUGCUCACAGUGAGAGAAGUGCUGAGUCCUGUGCAACAUGGAGAAAAGUGCAAAAAGAGAAGCCAGUUGGAUUGCUUAACAAGGACACAGCUCAGGAAAGUACAAGGAGAAGACAAAAAUAUUAUGAGUCUCAAGAACAUUUGAAUGAAGUAAAAAGUCCUCCACAAAAAGAUGGCUGUAUGCAGAUCCCAAACUCAUUUUAUGAACCCCAGCAAGAUUUUACCAGUCCAGAUAUGUUCAACAAGUCAAGACGCCCGCCUUGGUGCAUGCACACUUCUACAACUGGUACAGAAGCCACAGGCUUAAAGCCGUCCACCCUCAGUGAAGAAACAAAGGCAGACGUAUAUUUUUAUGGCAUCAUCAUUCUUUUUCUUUUGAUUGGUAUUCUUUCUUUGUAUUUUCUUUGAAGAUACCAAACAGAAUUCUUUGGAUAAUUUUUAAAGUUUCAGUUCUUCACAGAAAUGUUACAUUCUUACAUUUCAGGCCUUCCUCCCAGACAUUUUUAAGGUAAUUGGCUUAAAAAAAAGAGAGAGAAUACAUUUUAACUAAGUUUGAGAACAUUCUCAAAAAACUGCUUUAUACUAAAAAUGGUGUCAUGAUACAGUUUGGAAAUACUUUUCUGAAGUUUCAGAUCACCCAGAAAAUCUAAAACAGGAGUUAUUUUAAAAAAGGAAUUAACCAUUUUUGAUCAAAGGGUCAAUCUGAAAAUUAAAAUGCUAUUUAUAGGGACAACUUACAUUACAGAAACUUUUUUUAAUACAUAAGUUAUGUCUCAAAAAGUUUUAGAUAAGCUGAUAUAUAGAUACUUCUAAAAUACAAAACUAAAGGCUAAUGACAUUUUAUGAAAUGUGAUUAAUGGCUUACCUUACUACAAUAUGGACAUUCACCAAAUAGGAUGUUAAAACUCUGUCUGCUAGUCUGUAGUCCUCUCAACCACUGAAGAUUUUAAAAAGAAGAAAAGAUAAAGGAACCAGUAUUAGCAUGAUUACAAAUACUCCAGAAAUAUUUUCCUUUUUUUUAGUGCAUUAUAUUUUUUAUUCCAGAAUAUUUACCUUCUUAACUUUCUUUUCAAGAGUAAGGGGAACAUCUGAGCAAAUACCAGACCACUAAUAUGCUGAAUAACAAGGGGAAACAGGCAUGGAUUUCAAGGUCUAUCCACACUGGUGUAUAACCAAACUAUGGGCCCCUGUAAAACUUUGAUGAAAAUUAUUCACCCUUUUUUGCACUUGAAACACACAAAAAUGAUGCGUACAGGUCAAUGGGGUUCACAGACCUACCUAAAUCCAUUAACCACAAAUUAAGAACUAGUACUGUAAAAGAUACCAUAGGCUCUUGAAAAUCUAGGUCUUACUUCUGGUGUUAAUCACCAAUAGUGGGGUAAUUCUCAACCAUUAAUUACAAGCAUGAGGCGGUUUUAAAAAUUAGACGAGUGAGUAUUCAUUAUUAUAAAAAACCACAUGUUCCCUUAAGAGUAUCUCUAGAAUUAGAACUGGUAUUUUAUGAUUUUAUAUAAGUUAAACUGACAUCUCUACCUCAGUUCUCCCUUAUUAAAAUACAGAUAGCACCAACUACUAUAUCUAGUCAUAAAAAUCAGGUAGUGAUACUAAGAAAGACUCAGAAAAUUGAAAGCACCAUAUAACUAAGGUGUUUUGUAUAUUGAUGCACAUAUAGUUUAUCAUGUCAACUGUGUCCUAAGAUGAAUACUAUUGAGAGUAAAUGACUAGAAACAGGAAUGAAAGCAGAUUUCACAUAUAGUAAAUAAAAUGUCACUGACUGAGAGUGCUGUGAGAUACUCAAAUGUAGCCUGAAAAGUAACAGAUGCUCCAUAGUGCGAGUUCCCUUGCACCUAUUGCCACCACUCCUCCUAAGUGGAUGAGUCUACAGUUUGUAUGUGGUUAUACAAGGUGUUUACUAAAAGAUUCCACUGUACCAUCAGUUUAAUUUAUGUGUCAGUAGUAGUCCAUAAGUGUAUUCUGGAUAAAUUUCCCCCUUCUUGGUUACUUUAGGACAUUUUUCCAUCAUGAGAAAGCAUGAAGACAGGAAGCACAUGGACAUCUGAAAUGAACUAGUAAUACAGGAACUAAUGGCAAAAGAGAUCAUAUUGAAAUAGAUUUUGCAGCCUAUACAUUUCAAAUAUGCUUUCUUCCUCGGUUGUGUUAGAUGAAAAAAGUCUUGCUAAUGUUUUUA